CGGCUGGGCACGGCAGUGUGCCUAUCUCCUCUCGGACUUGCACAUUAUUCAGACCAAAAGUGGCGGCUCGCACUAUGGAUGCUACUGUUUAUGAGAUCAUAUUUGGAGAGCUCGGGGACCUAAAUUGUAGUUUAAUAGAGGCUUUCCAGGACACUUUUUUGGCAAAUGCUUCAUUGUCAUUGCUGAGCACUGAUGGUUUAUAUUGCAAUGCCACAACCGAUGAGAUUGGAACCUGCUGGCCACGGAGCAGCACUGGCAGGAUUGUAGAAAGACCUUGCCCUGAGUACAUUAAUGGGGUGAAGUACAACACAACGAGGAGCGCUUACAGGGAAUGUAUGGAUAACGGAACAUGGGCGCUGAAGAGUAAUUACUCCAACUGUGAACCCAUUUUGGAGGAGAAGAGAAAAUAUCCGAUGCAUUAUAAAAUAGCGCUGAUCAUCAACUACUUAGGCCAUUGCAUCUCUGUGGGAGCUCUUGUCGUGGCCUUCAUUCUCUUCUUGUGCUUAAGGAGCAUACGAUGUCUUCGAAACAUCAUCCACUGGAACUUAAUCACCACCUUUAUACUGAGGAAUGUUAUGUGGUUUUUGCUUCAGCUGAUUGACCACAAUAUCCAUGAGAGCAAUGAGCCUUGGUGUCGCUUAAUAACGACAAUAUACAACUACUUUGUGGUGACAAACUUUUUCUGGAUGUUUGUUGAAGGAUGCUACCUUCACACAGCCAUUGUAAUGACAUAUUCAACUGAUAAGCUGAGAAAGUGGGUCUUCCUGUUUAUCGGCUGGUGUAUUCCGUGUCCUAUAAUUGUGGCUUGGGCCAUAGGAAAGCUGUAUUAUGAAAAUGAACAAUGCUGGUUUGGUAAAGAACCUGGAAAAUACAUGGACUACAUUUACCAGGGACCUGUUAUUCUUGUGCUUUUGAUAAACUUUGUUUUCCUCUUCAAUAUAGUUCGAAUUCUUAUGACCAAACUAAGAGCUUCAACCACAUCAGAAACAAUACAGUACAGAAAAGCCGUGAAAGCAACACUAGUCUUGCUACCUCUGCUCGGCAUCACCUACAUGCUCUUCUUUGUGAAUCCGGGGGAGGAUGACAUCUCGCAAAUUGUGUUCAUCUAUUUCAACUCCUUUCUACAGUCUUUUCAGGGGUUCUUUGUGUCAGUGUUUUACUGCUUUCUAAACGGAGAGGUUCGCUCAGCAGUAAGAAAACGGUGGCACCGCUGGCAGGACAACCACGCUCUUCGAGUUCGAGUGGCACGAGCCAUGUCUAUCCCGACCUCUCCGACCAGGAUCAGCUUCCACAGCAUCAAACAGACCACAGCCGUGUGACCACAGAAACACGCAAUCUCCAUACUGAUUCCUCCAGCAAGGUCGCUGCUUGUCCGGUAUGACUAAGGAGUCAUUUAUUUUGCCUGGUGACAAAAGUUCAUUUUAACUGCACAAAAAGGACAUGAAGUUCUCGUUAUAAGGUACCGUUCGGGACGUAGACGGGCUGGGUUUUUCGAAACAACGUAAUGGUUCAAUGGUCACAUUACAGCAGGUUUGACCCUAUAAUUUUAGUGUUGUUACUGGUUAUGAGUACUUGAAAUUUGACUGACCAUGACGCAUUCAUAUGUUGCCAAAACUGCCAUUUGUAUCUAUUAUGAUAAAAAUGCUAAACUGCUCUUUGAAUUACCUGCUCUUUAUCAGCAGCUUAAUUUGACAGAAAGAAGCUUUUUGGUAAGGAAGAAAACA